AUGGUACGAUUCACGUCUCAACAUCUAUUCCCGCCAUCAGCCUCCUCCUACCCACCCUACACCCUCUCCCUCUACGUCUCAAACACUCCAUUUCGCAAGGCCAUUCACACUCACUUCCAUACCACUAGUACUGCCUUGCACCUCAAAGCUCUUGACUUUGUGGGCGAGGUCAUCACGACCGGGAAUGGCCCCUCAUGCUGCGAUAUCUCGAGCGCUUGCUCGACGUUAUCGCUGUGUGGUCACGCCUGCGAUGCUCACUCCCCAGCUGGGCUUCAAAAGCAUCCCACAGGAUUCCUCCAUGUGCCCCAUCCCUUUCAGGCAUUCACUCACCUGCACGUUUCAUGCGAGGAUACCUUAGGACCCAUCCUCUCUCCCAACCAUUCUUCGUCUAUCACACUCACCGACCUCGCCAUCCUCAUGCUCGCUCCUACAUGCCCAUACCUCAAUAUCCUUGACCUAGGGGUACACAACACCAACUGUGUGCGGCGCUGCUGUGAGAUGCGCAAGGUCUUGCUCUCCAAUGACACAGGGCUCGAUCCGCUCGGAGCAACACCUCCGAAUAACGACAUCGACAUGGAUCAAGUGGGUCUUCAACCCAACACGCGCCUGAUCAAACAUGACGUCGGAGAGUCGCCCAUCGCGUUUGCAGGCCCCCCGUACCCAUCAACAGUACCAGACUUGAUGGUGUCAAUUCCACGGUUUCCGCACGCGAUGGCGCCAUGGCUUGCCGGUAUCGCGAGGAGGGGGGAGAGUGGUCAUUCCGGGACGUAUGAGGCGAGGUGGGAGAUAGUGUCAGACUCUUUUGUCUGUGAUAGCGAGAGGCGAAUAGUGACUGGUGGUUUCUAUGUUCUUUCGGGGGGAUGUAUUAUAUGGGUGUUUAGGCGAUCAGAUUGUGAGCUCGUCUCAAGGAAGGAGAGGUUGGAUGAUGGAACUUUUUGUGUCUGCUGA